AUGGCUGACCAGUGCAUCGUCUGUCUUGAGAACCUAGAGGUCGAAAGCAACCCAGAUGCAACAACGCCCGCCCAACAACGCCUCUCCAAGGAGCUCGAGGCCGAGCAUGCACGUCUUGCUGUCACCGAUCCAGAUGCUCUUGCUGAACUUAACAGCAAGCAAGAGCUCCCGCUCGAGGGCCGGGAGCACCAUGUUGCACAGAUUCCCAUCUGUGGGCACAUGCUACACGAUGUCUGUCUGAGAGAAUGGAGCGAAAAGGCAAACAGCUGCCCCAUCUGCCGCCAGACCUUCCAUGUCGUCACGGUCUAUGACAGAAUCGGAGGCCAGUACUUGUCCACCCGUCGAGUCGAGGACAAGAAGCAGGUACCCGAGUUCGAUCCACAGGCGUGGGCAGAUGAGAAUCCAGAAGAAGAAGUGGUGGUCAGCAACCCCUGCCCUGUGUGCAACUCGGCAGACCACGAAGAGGUCCUUUUACUUUGCGACGGAUGCGAUGCAUGCUAUCACACGCACUGCAUCGGCCUUGACCGAAUCCCAGCUGGCCCCUGGUUUUGUAUGGAAUGUGUUCACUCACUUGGUCCCGAGCUCAUCCAGCCUGCUGCCGCCGGGAAUGGCCUCCAAGAGAACAGCGCACGCCCUCUGUAUUACUUCCCUCGCACCCAGGCCAGCAUGCGGCGCGCUAGGCAGCGGGCUCGCUCCGAUGAAUGGCAGGGUGCUUGGGGCCGCAUCACUGGCCGGAUCUGGGACGCCCUUGAGCUGGACUUGGACUACCAGGACGAUGACGAUCAGGUCGUCUUUGAGGGCCUGCGCCGGUCACAGCAACUACGAGAAAGAGAAAGGCAGGAACACGAACGCUGGCAGCAACGCCUAAACAUUGCGAGUCGCUUGGGGGCAAGAGAUGUUUUCGUUAAUAAUAUGCCGAUUCUCGCUCGCCCAGCUCCGCCGCCACCACCCCCACAAGAGUCGCGCGAGGAGACAUUGGCCUGGGGUGCGUUGGAAAAGGCCAGGGAAACCACCGAGAGCAGGAAGAGAAAGUCGCGCUCAGGCACGGCCGAGCCCCAUGAGGAACAGCACCCAGAGCCCGAAAGGAAGCUGAAGCGACCAAGAACAAGGCGAAUGCCGACAACCCAAAAUGGUGAAUCGUCUACUGCCGCAAGAGCCGAAGCAGAGCCUUCAAACCGGCCCGAGCAGUCAAAUGGCACUUCACCAGCCAACCCCGGGGCCGCCUCGCGAACAACGACCGAUAUUCCCCCUUCGUUUCUAUCCUCGCUCCUGAAGGAGGUCGAGAUGAGUACCCCUUCCGACGAAGAAACCCUCCGACAUAUCUAUGGACCCAUACCGGGUGCGAAUGAUGUCUCGUCACCUGCUCGCUCGCCUUCUCCUCUCAGCCAAGGAUGCAUUACCCCUCCCCCUGUGCGCUCUAGUUCCCCGCACAUGACGCUCAGCUCACACAUCACCCCUAUCUACCCACCAGCGAACUUCUCACCAACGCGGGCGUCAUCAUCGAACUCCAGUUCCAUCAAACCUUCCCGAGCCACAUCGCCACACAAGCACGCACAUCGCGACAACCGAUCAUCGCCCGAGAAUAGCGACUCGGAACCUCGCGGGCGCCAGCAUCCACGGCCGUUGGAGCUUAGGCAGCCCCAGCCUCGGCGCAAUCGUCCGGCUGUGCUGCCAAGGUCCGAAAACGUGUCGCCGACACGCCCCACCUUGCCUCUUGAGCUCAAACAAAGUAUCAACAGCAUCGUCAAGGCAGCCCUCCGCCCUCACUGGCGUGAUCGACAGCUCACGGCGGAGCAAUACGAGAAGAUCAACCGUGACAUAUCGCGUUUGAUUUACGAAGAAGUUAAGGAUCCUUCGGCCGUCACUGAAGAUACAAAACAGAGCUGGGAGAAGACAGCUUCCCAAGAGGUGGCGCGAGCAGUCGCCUCGCUCAAGGCUUGA